UCUCCUCCAGGAUCCGGCGGGGAUUUUCGAGCUGGUGGAAGUGGUGGGAAAUGGCACCUACGGACAAGUCUAUAAGGGUCGACAUGUUAAAACAGGUCAGCUGGCAGCCAUCAAAGUUAUGGAUGUUACCGAGGAUGAAGAGGAGGAAAUCAAACUGGAGAUAAAUAUGCUGAAGAAAUAUUCUCAUCAUAGAAAUAUUGCAACGUAUUACGGUGCUUUCAUUAAAAAGAGCCCCCCAGGACACGAUGACCAGCUUUGGCUCGUUAUGGAGUUCUGUGGGGCCGGAUCCAUCACAGACCUCGUGAAGAACACCAAGGGCAACACGCUGAAGGAAGACUGGAUAGCCUACAUCUCCAGGGAGAUCCUGCGGGGCCUGGCCCAUCUCCACAUCCAUCACGUGAUCCACCGCGACAUCAAGGGCCAGAAUGUGCUGCUGACCGAGAACGCAGAGGUGAAGCUAGUGGACUUCGGGGUGAGCGCCCAGCUGGACAGAACUGUGGGGAGGAGGAACACGUUCAUCGGCACCCCCUACUGGAUGGCCCCCGAGGUCAUCGCCUGUGACGAGAACCCGGACGCCACCUACGAUUACAGGAGUGACCUCUGGUCCUGCGGCAUCACUGCCAUUGAGAUGGCUGAGGGCGCUCCCCCUCUCUGUGACAUGCAUCCCAUGAGAGCCCUGUUUCUCAUCCCCCGAAAUCCUCCUCCCCGGCUGAAGUCCAAAAAAUGGUCCAAGAAGUUUUUUAGUUUUAUAGAAGGAUGCCUGGUGAAGAAUUACAUGCAGCGGCCCUCCACCGAGCAGCUUCUGAAGCAUCCUUUCAUUAGGGAUCAGCCGAACGAAAGGCAGGUUAGAAUCCAGCUUAAGGAUCAUAUAGACCGGACCAGGAAGAAGAGAGGAGAGAAAGAUGAGACCGAAUAUGAGUACAGCGGGAGCGAGGAGGAGGAAGAGGAGGCGCCUGAGCAGGAGGGGGAGCCCAGCUCCAUCGUCAACGUGCCGGGGGAGUCGACGCUGCGCCGGGACUUCCUGCGGCUCCAGCAGGAGAACAAGGAGCGCUCCGAGGCCCUGAGGAGGCAGCAGCUCCUGCAGGAGCAGCAGCUCCGGGAGCAGGAGGAGUAUAAACGGCAGCUGCUGGCGGAGAGGCAGAAGCGGAUCGAGCAGCAGAAGGAGCAGAGGCGGCGGCUGGAAGAGCAACAAAGGAGAGAGCGGGAAGCCAGAAGGCAGCAGGAACGUGAACAGCGGAGGCGGGAACAGGAGGAGAAGAGGCGGCUGGAGGAGCUGGAGAGACGGCGGAAGGAAGAGGAGGAGCGGAGGCGGGCGGAGGAGGAGAAGAGGAGAGUGGAGAGGGAGCAGGAGUACAUCCGACGGCAGCUGGAAGAGGAGCAGCGUCACCUGGAACUGCUUCAGCAGCAGCUGCUCCAGGAGCAGGCCAUGCUACUGGAGUGCCGCUGGCGCGAGCUGGAGGAACACCGGCAGGCGGAGCGGCUCCAGAGGCAGCUGCAGCAAGAACAAGCCUAUCUCCUGUCUCUGCAGCACGACCCCCGGAGGCCGCCCCCGCCGCCAGACAGGAGCAAGGCCGGCCUGCACGAGCCCAAGGCCCAGCAGGAGCCCGCUGACCGGGCCCGCGAGGUACAGUGGUCCCACCUGGCAUCUCUCAAGAACAAUGUUUCCCCUGUCUCGAGAUCCCAUUCCUUCAGUGACCCUUCUCCUCCCAAAUUUGCACACCACCAUCUUCGCUCUCAGGACCCCUGCCCACCUUCCCGCAGUGAGGUGCUCAGUCAGAGUUCUGACUCUAAGGCGGAGGUGCCCGACCCAGCCCAGAAGGCUUGGUCUAGAUCAGACAGUGACGAGGUGCCUCCAAGGGUCCCUGUGAGAACAACAUCACGGUCCCCUGUCCUAUCCCGCCGGGAUUCCCCACUGCAGGGCAGUGGGCAGCAGAAUAACCAAGCUGGUCAGAGAAACUCCACCAGCAUCGAGCCGAGGCUGCUCUGGGAGAGAGUGGAGAAGCUGGCGCCCAGGCCAGGCAGUGGCAGCUCCUCGGGGUCCAGCAACUCAGGGUCCCAGCCCGGCUCCCACCCGGGGUCUCAGAGUGGCUCCGGGGAACGCUUCAGAGUGAGAUCAUCAUCCAAAUCUGAAGGCUCGCCAUCUCAGCGCCUUGAAAAUGCAGCAAAAAAGCCUGAAGAUAAAAAGGAAGUGUUUAGACCUCUCAAGCCUGCUGGCGAAGUGGACCUGACAGCGCUGGCCAAAGAGCUCCGGGCCGUGGAGGACGUGCGGCCGCCGCACAAGGUGACGGACUACUCCUCCUCCAGCGAGGAGUCGGGGACGACGGACGAGGAGGACGACGACGUGGAGCAGGAAGGGGCCGAGGAGCCCACGUCUGGCCCGGAGGACACCAGAGCCGCAUCAUCUCUGAACUUGAGCAACGGUGAAACGGAGUCUGUGAAAACCAUGGUUGUCCAUGACGAUGUGGAGAGUGAACCAGCCCUGACCCCGUCCAAAGAGGGCACGCUGAUCGUCCGCCAGAGUGCAGUUGACCAAAAGCGCGCCAGCCAUCAUGAGAGCAAUGGCUUUGCGGGUCGCAUUCACCUCUUGCCAGAUCUCUUACAGCAAAGCCAUUCCUCCUCCACUUCCUCCACCUCCUCUUCCCCAUCCUCCAGCCAGCCGACACCCACCAUGUCCCCACAGACACCCCAGGACAAGCUCACUACUAAUGAGACUCAGUCCGCUAGUAACACACUCCAGAAACACAAAUCCUCCUCCUCCUUUACACCUUUUAUAGACCCCAGAUUACUACAGAUUUCUCCAUCUAGCGGGACAACAGUGACUUCUGUGGUGGGGUUUUCCUGUGAUGGAAUGAGACCCGAGGCCAUGAGGCAAGACCCUACGCGGAAGGGCUCAGUGGUCAAUGUCAAUCCCACCAACACUCGGCCCCAGAGCGACACUCCAGAGAUUCGCAAAUACAAGAAGAGGUUUAACUCCGAGAUCCUGUGUGCUGCCUUGUGGGGAGUGAACUUGUUGGUGGGUACCGAGAGUGGCCUGAUGCUGCUGGACAGAAGUGGCCAAGGGAAGGUGUAUCCUCUGAUCAACAGAAGGCGAUUUCAGCAGAUGGACGUCCUGGAAGGCUUGAACGUCUUAGUGACGAUAUCUGGCAAAAAGGAUAAGUUACGUGUCUACUAUUUGUCCUGGUUAAGAAAUAAAAUACUUCACAAUGACCCAGAGGUUGAGAAGAAGCAGGGUUGGACAACAGUCGGGGACCUGGAAGGCUGUGUGCAUUAUAAAGUUGUAAAAUACGAAAGGAUCAAAUUUCUGGUCAUUGCUUUGAAGAGCUCUGUGGAAGUCUACGCGUGGGCACCCAAGCCAUAUCAUAAAUUCAUGGCCUUUAAGUCGUUUGGCGAGCUGGUGCACAAGCCAUUGCUGGUGGAUCUCACUGUUGAGGAAGGCCAGAGGCUGAAAGUGAUCUAUGGAUCCUGUGCUGGAUUCCAUGCCGUUGAUGUGGACUCAGGAUCGGUCUAUGACAUUUACCUACCAACACACGUAAGAAAGAACCCACACUCUAUGAUCCAGUGUAGCAUCAAACCCCACGCGAUCAUCAUCCUCCCCAACACGGAUGGCAUGGAGCUCCUGGUGUGCUAUGAAGAUGAAGGGGUUUAUGUGAACACCUACGGGAGGAUCACCAAGGAUGUGGUUCUGCAGUGGGGCGAGAUGCCAACGUCUGUAGCAUAUAUUCGAUCCAAUCAGACGAUGGGCUGGGGAGAAAAGGCCAUAGAGAUCCGAUCUGUGGAAACUGGUCACUUGGAUGGCGUGUUUAUGCACAAAAGGGCUCAAAGGCUGAAAUUCCUGUGUGAACGCAAUGACAAGGUGUUCUUCGCCUCGGUCCGGUCCGGGGGCAGCAGCCAGGUUUACUUCAUGACGCUCGGCAGGACCUCUCUUCUGAGCUGGUAGGAGCGGCGGGCUAGGCUGCCGGCCCCGAGGUGUCGACCAUGAGAACCCGGAGAUCCUGGCAACUGGAGCGCGGAGCUGCCCGGGCCGCGUGGGCGGGGGUCUCCUCCCCGCCCGCACCCGCUCUUACCAGUUCAUCCCCAUUCUCUUCUUGUCCUGUUCGAAAUAAAUCGAGGCUGCAUCGCAGCUGGUGCUGGCGAGACUGCCAUCAGGUGCUAUCCGUGCUGGGAUGGAGCGGCGGGCAGAACGCAUGCGCAUUCCCUCCAGCUCCAGUGUUCCGUGUCUGCGGCUCCAUCCUGGGGCGUCUGCGGGUGGAGACCGGACGCCGGCGGGGGGGUUGGCAGGUGUAAACGUGCGCUCGAGGAGCAGGUCGCUGAAGCCAAGAGCAGAUUUAAUAUAGUAACAUUAACAACGUAUUUAAUUGACAUUUCUUUUUUUUUUUUGGUAAUGUGACCAUAUGUGGACAAAGAAGAAGGUGCAGGUUUAAGAAGUUAAUAUUUAUAAAAUGUGAAAGACACAGUUACUAGGAUAACUUUUUUGUGGGUGGGGCUUGGGAGGCGGGUGGGUGGAUUUAGGGACCCAUUUGGUUUCUUGGGUUGUUUUUUUUUGGCCAAGAACUCAGUCGUUUUUCUGUGUACCAAGUUUUGCCUAAAAUCACGUGCAGAUGAUUCUUUUAAAAAAAAGGAAAAAGAAAGGGUGUGCAUUUGUAUCCUGCCCAGAACCUUGUUGUGUGACAGUAUUAGCGCUGCCUCGGUCAAAGGUUUAAUUUUUGUUUAAACCUGGAAGUGCAACAGCAGUUUCACCACGAUCGGCACUUGCAGAGGGGAAAAAAAAAUCUUUUUCAACCACGUGUUUAUUUUUUCGCCUACCUCAUUGUUUUUAAUGCAUUAAGAGGUGGUUUAGUUUCUAUGUCUUUGGAGGAAAACAUUAAUGUUUAACCUUAAUACCAAAACGAUCCGAUUGAAGUUUGACUGUUAUUUUGUCAUGUCUCAGUAGGCACAAGAGAAAUUGUCCCCGAAGGUGGGAAACAGCCAUGAGGCUUGUCCGCUGAUGGGCACGUCUGCUUUCUGAGCUGAGAAAGCAGAUCACACCAUUUUCCACCAGAUUCAUCAGUGGUGGUGGUGUACGGACAGGCGGCCAUUGCCCACAGCACACGGGGCCUCGCUGUUCUCAGCUCGGAGUUUGCAGACAGGUGGUCAUAUGGGGGACAACCCCACAAACUGUUGACAGUGUUGCCGGAACCUUUCCUUGGGGCCGGGGGUGUUUCCCUUUUUCUAAAAAUGCAAUGCACUAAAACUAUUUUAAGAAUGUAGUUAAUACUGCUCAUUCAUAAGAUAGCAUCUUCCUGCGUUUCGGGUGUGAUAUCAGAGCCCUGGCUUCUCGAGUGCUCUCCCUUGCUCUCUCUCUCUGCGCGCUCUCUCUGUUUUUUAAACCAGUUUUACUUUAUGAAUAUGUUCAUGACAUUUGUAAUAAAUGUCUUGGGUAAUAAUUGGUUUCAUGGCUUCUGGUCACUGGCUUCCUCUGAGGAUGUUGGUUAUAUUGAUUACUUGUUAAAGGGUGGCUCAGCCGUCUGCCUGUCCUCUGGCAGAGUUCUGAUGGGAAUCUCACUCACCAAACAAAAGCUCGGUGUGGCCUAGGCUUAUUCCUCCUCCGUGGUGAAUUUGCUUUUAUGACAUCAAAGCAGAGGUUUUCUGCCCCAAGAAAUUAACAAUCACUUGCACCUGUGUGCUGAGUCUGCCCCCCAACCCCCACCCCCACCCCCAAAGCCGCAUCCAGUUUGGCAUCCACUUUGACCCAUUGUUCUCUUCCUCCUGGGUCAGCAUUUUUGCCAGAGGCUCCCGCUUUGAAUUUCAGAAAUGUACUGGAGAGUACACACACUCACAAAUGCAGAAACAACAGCUGAUGACGUACACCCACCACAGAAGCACCCGCUGAGAAAAACUGCCUCUGUGUUGGAAGGAUUCAGUCUGGGGAAACAGGCUUUCCAUGCGUGUUGACUUCAGCGUAGUGCUGGCGUCUAAGGCAGAAAGAACCAGUUCUGUUCUGGUCAUUUGUGCUUAAAGGAGAGAAGAUCCAGGCGCUGAUCCUGCCCUUGGCAGGAGUUCUGAGACUGGCCAGACUAGUCGCUGCGGGGCUGCAGUCCUUGCCACAUCACUGCUGGUGAUUCCCUUCUCAGGUUGGCUUUUGACUGGAGACGAAAUGUGCCCUAGCAAACACGUGUGCCAGGGUGAGAACGGACUGCGUAGUGGGGUCAGCUGUAGCCCCUCCCAUGACUUCAGCGAAAGGUCAGGUUGGGCAGGUGUCUUUCAAAAAAAUACUAAACUUCUGAUACCAAUGUGAAAGAUAUAAACAGGUUGAGGAUGAUGGGCUCCGAGCUCAGGUCAGCGUGGGCCUGUCCUACCUGGGCAGCAGCUGGUGGUGGUGGAGUUGAACGUGAUUGAAUCCGUCAGCUGGGCUUGGCUGACCGAGGUCAACCAGCCACUGGUCCCCUGGUUGGGUGCCUCGGGUCGCCUUCCUUGUCUGGGGUGUCCCUCCCUCCUUGGCCUUCCCGCCAUGCAGACCAACUUAGGUUGCUACAGCUUCAAGCAGGCGCUGGGUUAGCUUUCUUCAUGGGAAAUGGCAGGCUCUCUCCAUUUCAUUCCUAACAGGGUAGUGACUUCACUCAAGUGCCAAGAUGGCAAAAUUAGCAGGAGAAUUUAGUAUUGUGCUGAUACCACUAAAUAUGGAACCUAGAAAACCAUGACAACUCUUCCAAACAGAAUACCAGUAUGGCUCUAGGUUUAGUUGAAGCUUUAAUAAGUGAUACUUUUCUGUAUUUAAAACGGAGUCUCUAUAUCGAGUGCAGUUUUUUGGGUUUUUUUUUUUUUACUUUUUCUCAUGCACAUGUGUUGAAGAAAAUGUUUACAAAAAAUAGUUUUGUUACACUAAUGGGCAUCACAUAUUUAUGGUCUAUUUUUAAGUGAUUUUUUUUAUGGGUUAUUUAGGCUUUCGUUUUAGUUGUAGUCCACUUAAAUGAUGGUUCAUAAUCCCUAAUUUUGCCAAUUAUAAAUUUGCUAAACGGUAAUGCAAAUGACAAGCUGCAUUAAGUUUACUAAUCAGAACUGCGAAGCAGACUGGUGGCAAGUACACACACAGCCUUCUUUUUUCAGUGCUAACUUGUCUUCUGUGUAUUAUGAAAAUGACUGUUGUCCCUCUUCUUCCCCUUUUUUUGUCCUUAAAUAAAGUAAAAGUGACACCUGU